UCUGGCACCUCGAUGGACCCUGCUUCGGAGAGACCUUUUCGAUACCAGAGAGCGAAUUCUGGAGUCCCGGGCCGCUUUUGGACAUGUGUCUCCGGGGCAAUCCUGGCCUGCUGGGCCUGUCCAGACGAAACCUCGAAGGACUGGAUUGGGGCUUGGGCCGGGCUUCGCUCAGGCGGCGUUCGAGGCAGCCCCUACGGGGUCCUCCCGGGGCCUUCCUUCCUUUGAACAGCAGUGGCGGGCGGGCUUGCUGUGUCCUGCCCUCUUCGGAGUAGGGGCCGCCAUCACCAUGGCCACGGUUUCGACUCAGCCCUGCGCCGGCGGGUCGCGGGACAUCGUGUGGCGCGUUUUGGGCUGGAGGAUAGUUGCAAGUAUUGUUUGGUCAGUACUGCUUCUACCCAUCUGUACCACAGUAUUUAUAGUCUUAAGCAGCAUUGAUUUAUUUCAUCCUAUACAGUGGCUGUCUGAUUCUUUCAGUGAUCUAUAUAGUUCCCGUGUAAUCUUUUACCUCCUGCUGCUGUCAAUGGUAAUAAUAAUAAUAAGUAUUUUCAAUGUGGAGUUUUAUAAAGUUGUGCCUUCCGUCCCCUGCUCCAGACUGGCACUGGUAGGGAAGAUCGUCCAUCCUCCGCAGCUUCUGCACUCGUUUGUUCACGCUGCGAUGGGAAUGAUGGUGGCUUGGUGCGCUGCGGUGAUGGCCAAGGGCCGGUACAGUUUCCUUGUGGUUCCCUGCACUCGUACUGAGAGCUUAGAUGGCCCUGCACAAACCUGCUUAAACGAAUAUCAUCUUUUUUUCCUACUGGCUGGAGCAUUUAUGGGCUAUAGUUAUAGCCUCCUUUAUUUUAUUAACAACAUGGACUAUCUUCCAUUUCCCAUCAUACAGCAAUACAAGUUCUUGCGCUUUAGGAGAUCUUUGCUCUUACUAGUUAAACACAGUUGUAUGGAGUCACUGUUCCUGAUUAGAAAUUUCUGCAUUGUGUAUUAUUUUCUUGGCCAUAUUCCCAAAGGUUGGAUUAGCACUGCUAUGGACCUUCAAGUAGAUGAGCAAUUUCAUAGGCCUCUUGAUACUGUGAGUGGCCUCUUGAAUCUCUCAUUACUCUACCACGUCUGGUUAUGUGGAGUCUUUCUCCUGACGACUUGGUACAUCUCAUGGAUACUCUUCAAAAUCUAUGCUACAGAGGCUCAUCUGUUCCCUGUUCAGCCACCGUUUGCAGAAGAGUCAGAUGAAUGCCUCCCAAAAGUUUUAAACAGCAGUCCUCCCCUCAUUAUAAAGUAUUUGGCCUUGCAGGACCUGAUGUUGCUUUCUCAAUAUUCUCCUUCACGAAGACAAGAAGUUUUUAGUCUUAGCCAACCAGGUGGACACCCCCACAAUUGGACAGCCAUUUCAAGGGAGUGUUUAAAUCUUCUAAAUGAUAUGACUCAGAAGCUGGUUCUCCACCAAGAAGCUGCAGCUACCAAUGGAAGGGUAAUGUCUUCAUCAUACACCGUGGAACCCAGGAAAGCGAAUUCUCCAGAAGAAACUACAUUUCUGACCCCCAAGUCUAGCCAGAUGCCUCGGCCUUCAAUGACACCAUUAAUUAAGACAUCAUUGUUUUCUUCGAAAUUAUCUACACCCGGUGUUGCCAGUCCCCUUGGAUCUCCAUUUGGCUCCAGUGUAAUGAACCGGAUGGCUGGAAUUUUUGAUGUAAACACCUGCUACGGCUCACCUCAAGGUUCUCAGCUAAUAAGAAGAGGGCCACGAUUAUGGACUUCUGCUUCUGAUCAGCAAAUGAAUGAAUUUUCUAAUCUUCCAUCUACUCUUAGUGCUGAGGGUAAGACAGUGAGACAGCCCAGUGUGCUUUAUUCAUGGAUUCAUAAUAAACAUGAACAGAUUAAGAAUUUCUUGUCAAAACGGGUGCUAAUAAUGUACUUUUUCAGUAAGCACCCAGAGGCCUCCAUUCAAGUUGUUUUCUCAGAGGCCCAAAUGCAUAUUUGGGCUUUGGAAGGUCUCUCUCACUUAGUAGCAGCCUCAUUUACAGAAGACAGAUUUGGAGUUGUCCAGACUACUCUACCAGCAAUUCUUAAUACUUUGUUGACGCUGCAGGAGGCCGUUGACAAGUACUUCAAGCUUCCUCAUGCUUCCAGUAAACCACCGCGGAUUUCAGGAACCCUUGUGGAUACUUCUUAUAAAACGUUAAGAUUUGCCUUCAGAGCAUCACUAAAAACUGCUAUCUAUCGAAUAACUACCACAUUUGGUGAACAUCUAAAUGCUGUGCAAGCAUCUGCAGAACAUCAGAAAAGACUUCAACAGUUCUUGGAGUUCAAAGAGUAGUUAAGUAAUAUAAACUGUGUUCAUUACACUGCUGAUACAACUGCAGAUGGGACAGUAAAUGUUCAGCAUUCUUGGAUCAGAAGAAAAUGGACUAAUUAGAUGCUUCCUUUGUCGUGGUGGUUGCUUUGAAAACUAUACUUUAAUGGGAGAAAUCAUGGAAAGAAAUUCUCAACAGAAUAACUGAAAACGGCCUUUUCUGUACCGGUUCCUCGUUGUGUGUGUGGUAUAAUAAAAUAUUCGAUUUCACAGAUGCAUCUAUGGCAGUGCAAAUGUCUCAAGCUUAUAUAGUUUAAUAAUAAUAAUUAGAAGAAUUUUAGAAUUUGCUUUGAAAGGAGGAGAGCCAGUUCAAGAAGGUAAAAUAGGUUGAUUUGCUUCAGUCUUCCUUCCUAAUUGUUCCGAGAGUUUAGCUCUCUGUAAACUUGAAAUACAUAAACGUUUUAAGAGUUGUUGCUGUUUACUAAAGGAUAAAAAUGGUAACACUGGAGAAAAGUUCACAGAAAAAAUAUUGUCUAAAGGACAUAUUUUGUUAAUAUGUUAGGUUGUGUUUUUGUUUCCAGAGACAAAUUAAAUUUGCAUGAUUGUCCAAAAAACGUCUCAAUUUACAGAUGCUAACUCUAUAUAAAGGAAUGUGGAGAAAUUCAGUUCUUAAGUUACAAGGUUAAACAUUUGCAUUUGGUUUUUGAAAGACAAUCGGCUGACAUGUAUGAAUUUAUUUUGUAUCUUGCUAGUAAACAAUAAGUGUGUGACUCUUUUCCCAUCUAGUUUUACUUUCUUUUUGUGGAACAAAACAUUAAGUGAUUGUAGAGUUUUUCAAGUGAGAGAAAAUGUUUUGCAAGAAAAACCAGGAAACUUUCCCUUUUUCCCACCCUUCAUCUUCAUUUUGUGAAGCUUUUUUGGACUCACAGAGGGAGCAGUCUUAGCUGUGUUAACUGGCUAAUUAAAAUACAUUAGGAAAAUCUUUGCAGCCAGAAACAACUUCAUCCUCAACUAGCAAGUGAGACUAAAACAUCAGAGGAAUUACUUGCUAGCCUGUUGUAUGUCCCCAGAGUGAGCGAGGUAAUUUUAUAAUUUAUUUGUUCAGCUUCUUUGUAAAUUGAAAGAUCGGAAAUUCUACUAGUAGAUGUUCACUGGACUAGCUUUGGACUGAAAUGUUUCAUUGUAAUUUUUUCCUAUUAUCUUUCCCCCUGGUGUCCCCCCAGAUUUUUUAGCACAGUGUUGUAUAUGAAUUUUCAAUGUGGUAUAUAUGUCUACAGUUUGUCUGACUACUUAAUGUAUUUUAUCUUUAUUCCCUCUGUUUGUUGCCCCCUCAGCCAGCACGUGCCAGAUUAUAAAUGAGCCCUGCCAACCUGCAAAGUGUGUGUGAGAGCUCCCCAGUUGUCGAGGGCUUGGAGGGUUUAGGUUCCCGCCAUUGCUUUUUCCUCCCUGAAGUGGAGUUGAUCUUUUUUUUAAAUGUGAAAGUCGAAUUUCGAAUGUGGUAUUUACUUACAGAUGGCCAGAAAAUUGUGACUAGGUUGAGUGAGAACUGCUGAGUUUUAUGUUUUAAAUCCAUUGAGCUUUUUAUAUUCCAUUCUCUGUGUUCCCCCUGGCUGACACAUUUUGGGAGAGAGAGACUCAACCUUCUGUUGCCAUAAAGAAUUACGGUAUUUAACCCAUUUUCUUCAUGAGACUGAUGAUGGGAUGAUUUCUUUAAACUCUUAGCUGAAAUGUCUGGCUGAGACUUUGGGCAAAGGUAUGUUUGAUGAGCAAUGUGAACAUUUUUGAGAUGUUCAUUCCUGUUCUCUCUCCAGAAAAUGUACUUUAUACAAAAUACUGGUCACAUAAAGUCUGCUUGGUAGGAUUUGGAAACUGUCUCCCCAAAUCUGGAUUGUAUUUAGCUGGGAAGGAAGUCAGUUCCAUUUCCCUAUUGUGUGUUAAUAAUCUCCACACCAUCUGCUGGGGCGGGGUGUGGCGCAGUCACCUGCUAUUAAAGACAGCUCCUUCUGCCGUGUGCGAGGAGGGGGCCUUCGGAAGCCAGGAGGAGAGCAGCAUUUCCUUUGAUGAAGUCAUGUCGUACCUUGAGCCCCAACCGGUGCUGUAACAUUGGCCUAAAAAUUAGUGUUCUGUAACAGCUUUUCUCUUGUCAGUACAAAACAUGCUUCUGUCAGCUCGUGUAAUGUUUGCUUGUCCCUUACGGAAGGUGUAAAUCCAUAUAACUUCUUCCCUGUAGACUUCAAAACUGUUAAACCUGGGACAGUUCAGUGGACCUGGAUAAGCUACGAUUCAUUACUUUGCCAGGUUUGUCCUUCGGUAAUUAUUUUGUAUGUUUUCCUGUAAAUGUGGUAAUCAGUUUAUAUCUUUUUGUAUAUUACUGACACUGAAUUGAAUAGAAAAAUAAAUCGACGUUUAAAAAUAUAGGACUGUUAAUUGAAAUGUGUAUAUACAAGGUCAGUUACUUAAUUUCUGGUCUGUUUCCUUGGCCAUUUCAAUUCCCUCUCUACUGUCGCUGCUUAUAAAACCUGAAAAGAAGUUUAAUUUCUUGAAAAAUCAGCUUUUGCUCUUAACUAGACUAAUUUGAUGGGUGACCAGUAUUUAAUGAUAACUCUAAGGAGCCUGAAUUUGAAACACCUCUUUUUUCAUCAUCUUGGCUCCUUCCUCUGAAAACUAAACAAAGGAGGCAGGUGCUGAAAGCCAUCUUUUAAUAGAAGUUUCUUUUCCUGCCAGAAUAGUGUUUCUAAAUGGAUCACAUUCCCCCAGGCUAACAGCUAUAUCUGUCAGCUUUACUUAGAUUAGUCUGAACUUCACCUCAAGCUAGUUAAGGUACUGUAUUAAGGCCCUCAAACCCCUCUUUUGCUCUCCCAAUGCAGUCAUCUUUCUUUAAAACUGAAUAGCUUAAGGUGGCUUUAAUUUAUCAGUUGACAAUCUCGCUAUUCUUAGCAAGCUGCUGACCAGAAUCACACUGUGAGAAGGGUUUGUAAUAGAUCAGGAGUCACCAAAUUGAGCAUGCCUCAGAAUCACUUGGAAAGCUUGUUAAAACACUGGGUCGCACCUGCAGAGUUUCUGAUCAUGUAAAUUGGGGGCAGGGCCAAAGGACUUGUAUUUCCUGUCCUGACAAGCGUUUAGGUGAAGCUGCUAGUCAGAACCACUGCUGAGAACCACCGCUCUAGUGAAUUAUGUCAGGUGGACUCUCUGGUGAGUGUCUGAAGCAUAGGAGCCAUCAUUUGUGAUAAGGUGCAGUUUUUCCAUCUCAUUUGCUUACUGGGUAGCUUGAAGAGUAUGAUUACACCCUGUAAGUAGAAAUGCAGAGAUGUACUCAGGUGGUUAUCUGCUUAUCUUGAAACUGCAGCAGGUGAUAGGACAUGAGCUGCUCUUUCACACCAUUAGGUGCUCAUAUUGUCCCCUGUUUUGGCAAACUUAUCAUUCUUCCCAAUGAGUUUAGCCUUCCCACAUACUCCCAGAGAUUUUGUUUUUUCAAUGCUCUGCCAUUCCUAGUUUUCUGGACCUUAUCACACUGAAUUGUAACUUAGCUGAUUAUAAAUCUUCAUCCCCUUAUAGGCUGUGAGCUUCCCCUCCUUCGAGGAUUCCAUUUACAUUUUCUCAGUAUAUCAACAUUUAUUUGGUAGCUAACCUGACCUUAACUUAUGUGAGACUGUUUGUUGAUUUGUUUCAUGUAGUAUGACUCUGCUGGCCUUGCCUGUAGUAUGUUUGAUUAUGAGGUGCUAUUCAGACUCCACGGGUCUGGCCUCAGGAGUUUAAGACAAUAUCUUGUAGACUUGCUUUUGUAGAGUGCUGUUAAUUCUUAUAUUUACUCAUUUAGCAUCCACUUCCUGCCUUCUGUAUACCAGGCUCUGUGAUAGGCCCUGUUGGUAUAAAGUCACAGCCACUGGCCUCAAAGCUCACCACCUUGUAUGGGUAAAGUGAGUGGAGGCAACCGUUCUUUACACAGACCUUUUUUCUACUUACAAAAUUGAUGUGUUUUGCUAUUACUGCCUCAUUGAUGAUGGAGCAUCUGUUCUGUAUUUAGCUGCGCUAAAUGCAUCUACUUAAAUGCCCUUUUGCUAGCUCACUUUGUCACUUGCGUUAUUUUGCAGGAGCUGUGGCUCUUCCUUGCCCUAAAGUGUUCAUGUUCUCCUUGCACACACAUAUCUUACCAGACACCACUGAGUGUGCCCUGCAAGUGGUGCUGGUGGGAAAGUAGUUUUGGAUGAUGCGUGGGAUGCCUCUGGCAGAGAAACAUUGGAAGGUGACCGCUCAAUCACAGGCCUUUGCUGUGAUAGUCUUUUGAAGAUGCGUUGACUGUUGAUUGGUUUACCCUUUUUAUCUUUUUAAUUUAUUUUUUUAAAGAUUUUACUUACUUGUUUUUAGAGAGAGGGGAAAGGAGGGAGAAAGAGAGAAACCAGUGUGAGAGAGAGAUAUCCAUCGGUAGCCUCUCAUGCUACCGCUCUAUUGGGAACCUGGCCCUCUACCCAAGCAUGUCCCCUGACUGGGAGUUGAACCAGUGACUCUGGUUUGCAGGCUGGCACUCAAUCCACUGAGCCAUACCAGCCAGGGCUCAAUGUAUUAAAAACAGUGUUUUGCAGCUUGAAUGAAUAGUUCCUCCCUAACUAUAUAAUGACUCUUACUUGCAAGGACACAAUCCCCACCUCAACUUAGUUUGAGCAAAAACGCGGAGUUGACCUGACCCUAAGGGCACAGGGAAGUCAUGGUGGACACAGGGAUAGAUUUGCUUCCGGACCCCAUUAAGAAUCUGUGAGUCUCUCAGGAUAUGUGAAUGGUUCCUCUCUGCUUCUUUGUGCAUCAGUGCUUUAGUUCUCUUUCCCUGUCUACUGGCUUUCUACCUCUCUUUCCACCUGCUCUCUAGCUCCUGAGUUUAUAGAUAAUAGAGACUGACCAGCUGUUUCUGACUGCAGCCAAAUUCUUCAUUGAAAGAAAUUAGUCCAAAUGGAUCACCUGUCCAAGGGUCCAAUUAAGCUUUAGGAACAAGGUCAUGCAGUGCCAAUAUGGCUUCUAAGAGACGACCUUUGUUCACCAGGAGAAAGUGGAGUAUAGGGGCAGUUCUCAGAGCUUUCCAAGAUAGGGGUCAAAAUUUAGGGUUCAGGGCCAACUGGUAAGUCCCCUUGCUUUAAUUUGGAACUCCAGAGAGCUGUACCCUAGAAGGAAUGUAAAGAGGGAGUAGAUUGCAUGACUUGUAUAUAGUUGAGUUAGAAUCCUCGUUAAAUUGGAUUGCAGUACUCUCUCUUUGCCAGUGUUUCUAGGUCCUGGGAGAAGAUAUCAUAUAGCCUCUCUGGAGGAAAACAAUACCUGGGCUUCAGUUAUUUCUACAAACAAGUUUUCAAAUACAGUCAGUAUAUGUACACAAUUAAAAAUAGGCACAGGAAGAGGCAAGACAACAUGAGUGAGAAAAACAAAAGCAACAGACAAUAGAAUAGACACAGGGAUUCCAGAUAAUUACUGUCUUCAGUAAGAUUAAAAAUUCUACUUUAUUAGAACUGGUAGUGUAUUAGGAACUACACACGUAUAGUAGAAACUACACAGGUAUAAACUACAUGUAUUAACAGUUUAUAUGUAAACUAUAUAUAAAGUCUGUUUGGGAAAAGUUCAGCCAUUGUUAAUAGAAUGAGAAUGGUUUGUGUGACAUCGAUGUAACCUGCCAGCCAAGGAGAGCGGACUGGAAUGAGCAUGCAUGAACAAUGGAGACUUCAUAAUGCCAUUAUGAGUGAGUAUGUGUACUGUGUGGCCAUGGUCACAUUCAGAAUGAGCAAGUAGAGCAACAAUUCUGCGUCAGAUUUUGCAUCAAGCUUGAACAUUCCUCCGUGGAAACUAUUCGGAUGAUUGGGAAGGCACCUACAGGCAACUGGUGAUUGGCAGCUUCAUCACGACAACACACCCACUCGUGCAUCAUGUCUCAUGCAGAGUUUUUGACAAAACAUCAAAUCAUCCAGGUGACUCACACCCUGCUACAGCCCAGAUUUGGUGCCCUGAGACUUCUGGCUUUUCCCAAAACUAAAAUCACCUUUGAUAGGGAAGAGAUUCAGACCAUUGAUGAGAUUCAGGAAUAUACAGUGGGGCAGCUGAUGGUGAUUGGAAAAACUGUGUGGUCCCAAGGUGCCUAUCUGAAGGGGCCUGAGGUAUCAUUGUCCUGUGUACAGUGUUUUUUGUAUCUUGUAUUUUCUUCAAUAAAUGUGUCUUUUUUGUGGG